AUGGAUAGAGCUAAGUAUAUAGAGACUCCUAGUGCUGCAAAUGCUCGUUUGUCAUUUGUGCUUUCACCACAGUCUGAAGCUGAGAAGGAAUAUAUGUCUCGAGUUCCUUAUGCUAGUGCAGUGGGAAGUUUGAGGUAUGUUAUGGUUUGUACUAGGCCUGAUCUUGCCUAUGUUGUUAGUGUUGUCAGUAGGUUCAUGGGUCAACCUGGGAAGGAGUAUUGGCAAGCAGUUAAGAGGAUUUUUCACUACCUUAGAGGUACAUUUGAUGUUGGCCUCGUUUAUGGGAAUGACACAAAGUAUUUUUUGGCUAGUUAUUCUGAUUAUGACUAUGCCAAUGUUGACAGUAGGAGGUCUAUGACUAUCUAUGUGUUCACUCUGGGUGAUUCUGUUGUUAGUUGGAAGGCAACCUUACAACCUACAUUUACUUUUUCUACUACUGAAGCAGAGUACAUGAACUUGGCAGAAGUUGCUAAAGAGGGAAUAUGGCUGAGGGAGUUAGUUGUGUUGGGGUUGAUGCCCUAA